AUGAACACCAAUGCUGACAAAUUGUUGCCCAUAACUUCUAGUGCAACCUCACACCAGGGUGGUCAAGUUGCCACUGGCAAUGGAAAGAGGUACAUCACUCGCGUCCAUAGCUUCGGCCCCGCCCUUCCUGACGAAGAUGCCGAAGAACGAUACAUCCUCAUGAUGCAAUUGCGGUCCAGCGACGACGUUGGCUCCAUCAUGGAAUCCAAGCUGCACAUGUUCAUCGCCGACUUCUUCGUCGAGGACAUGAUGAUUGAGAUCGACGUCCCAACUGUUUUCAAGUUGCCGCAGGUGCCCUAUCUCAUGGCGCCUAAGAGUUACACACCGAGCCAGCCGGGCUUCCGGGUUGACUUGACUCCGACGUCGGAAAAGGCUUCCAUGGUCGAGCAUAGGGUGUGA